AUGUUCAAUUCUGCACCUCUGUUUGGUACACAGCAGCCGUCAGUUUUCGGGCAAAACAACAAUGGUUUUGCUCCUAAACCUUUUGGCACUCCUACAACUCCGUUUGGUACUCAGGCAGCGGGGUCUAUGUUUAGCUGCACUUGGACGGGUAAUUUCGGAGGAGGAACUCAGGCUUUUUCUUCACCGGUGUUUGGAAAUACAGCAUCAGCCCCGGUAAGUUCCUUUGGCACUUCAACUCCAGCUUUCGGUACAUCCUCCUUCGCCGGAACUUCUAUAUUUGGGCAGAAGCCUGCUUCGACAUUCGGAGUCAAUGCAAACACUCCGACUUUCGGUACUAAUACAACUACACCGGGCUUUGGGACUCAACCAAAUACAGGGUUCGGGUCCCAACCGACUACAGGCUUCGGGUCUCAACCAAAUUCUGGAUUUGGAAACAACCCUUCAACUCCAGCUCCCUUUGGAUCCCAAAGUUCUUCUAUUAGUAUGCAGACUACAAUACCCUCUACAUUUGGAACUCCAGGUGCCUUUGGGCAGCCAGGUUUCGGUCAACAACAAAAAAGUGGUGGAAGCAGAGCAGUGGCUUACGCUCCUACAGAAUUAGAUGAUAUUUUACCGAAUACUACCCUGAGUGCUACAACUUCAAAAGGUAAAUUUCAAUCGAUAUCAUUUAUGCCUGUUCAUGCAGAGAAAAGUCAUGAAGAACUGAGGUGGGAGGAUUACCAGUUGGGUGAUAAAGGUGGUCCGAAGGCUUUUGGGACUCCACAAUCGAACCCUUUUGGAAUUGGGACUACACAGACAAAUCUGUUUACCUCUACGACGACAACUCCCAAUGCAUUUGGUCUUCAGAAAACAACUAGCUUUCCUUCACACACUUCUCCUUUCAACACUUCAGGGACGGCUGGAUCAACACCAUCAAACCCUUUUGCGACAGGUACAUCAUUAACAUCAACAAAUGCAUUUAAUCAACCAAGUACUACUGCAUUCACUCCAUAUAAUUUUGGAACUACUCCUGGCACUACUCCUUCAACUGCAACCUCGACUUUUAACUCAACACCCGUAACACCCAACCCCAACCCCUUCAGUAUAACACCCACAUUCCCACAGACAAAUAAUGCGCCUUUUAAUUCAACACCCGCAGCACCCAACCCCUUUACAUUCCAACAGCCAAAUAGUGGUAUGGGUCAAUUUUCUAGUUCAGUGUUUCCACCAGUAAGCACCACAUGUGCUCCGCUAACAAACACGGUUGGUACACAAAACUCUGGCUUCUGGAACAAUUCAACGCCGUCUCUGCUAUUCAACACUGUUGGUGCACAAAAUUCUGGCUUCGUGAACAAUUCAACGCCGUCUCCGCUAUCGAACACUCUUGGUACACAAAAUUCUGGCUUCGUGAAUCCUUUCAACUCAAGGACAUCUCCGCCUUCCUGGAGCCCAUUUGGUGGCCAAACUAACCCAUCACUACAGACUCAGCCAGCUUUUACCUUUUCUAGCAAUGUAUCAGCCAGUAUUGGAGUUGCACCAAGUGUUUUUACACCAAAUAGUUUUGGCCAGAACACAUUUCCUCAACCGUCAACCGGCAACCUAGGUAAUACAGUGGCUACACAACCAUCUGGUGUUACAAUGAAUCCUUUUGGAACACUUCCUGCAAUGCCUCAAUUAUCAAUUGGACAUACAAGAGCUGCACCAUCAAUUCAAUAUGGAAUAUCUAAGAUGCCUGUCGUCGGUAAAGCCCCACCUGUCCGAGUUUCUCCCUUGUUGAUGACUUCUAGACAUUUGUCUCAGAACAGGAUUAGGUUACCUGCUAGGAGAUCAUCUUAUCCUAACAACAAUAGCGCAAGGGUGCCAUUUUUCAGUGAUGAUGAGGAAGCUCCUAGCACACCAAAAGCAGAUGCGCUUUUUAUUCCAAGGGAGAAUCCAAGAGCUCUUGUUAUACGUCCCCUUGAACAUUGGACCUCAAGAGUCUCUGCAGAAAAAUCCAAGGAUACCAGCAAUACUCCUCAGCACGAGAAUGGUAAACUUUCUGAAAAAGAUUCAGGUUCAAGUUUGAAUGGCUCUAUCAAUCAUGAAAAACAUAAGAGUAAUCCAUCAUUGGCAGAAAAUGGCCACAAGGAGCGGACAAAUACUGAGGCAGAUAUUGAGGCGCUGAUGCCGAUACUCUGCUGCUCUGACUACUACACCGAGCCUCGGAUUCAAGAAUUAGCAGCCAAGGAGAGAGCAGAGCCAGGGUUCUGCGGUAGGGUGAAGGACUUCAUUGUGGGAAGGAUUGGGUUUGGUAGCAUCAAGUUUGCAGGAGAGACUGAUGUGCGGAAGCUUGACCUGGAGUCCCUGGUACAAUUCAACAACCGGGAGGUGAUAGUUUACCUGGAUGACAGUAAGAAGCCUCCAGUUGGACAAGGACUGAACAAGGCUGCAGUGGUGACACUCCUCAACAUUAAGUGCUUUGAUAAUAAAACUGGACAGCAAUGCAUGGAGGGGGUUAAGGUUGAAAAGUACAAGGAGAUGCUGAUACAGAAGGCUCUCGACCAGGGUGCUGAGUUUGUUUCUUAUGAUCCCAUCAAUGGAGAGUGGAAGUUCAGGGUGAACCACUUUUAGUCAGUACAUGUAUAAGUGGUGUUCUUUUACAUUUAUUUAUUUAUUCUGAGAAGAGUGCAUGUAUGAAUCCGUCUAGGUUCUUGAUACUCUUCUCUGCUUGUAGAGUAGUACUAGUUUGUUUUCCUUUUUAAUUUUCCAGUGUUCGUAAAAUGUUAUCUCAGUACUACUGUUGAUGAAUGAAGUACAG